GAAGCGAAAUACUUGAACAACAAUGGGGCUGUCGAGCUUCCCGGUAGCAGCAGAAGGGCUCUUGCCGCUGCUCCUGAUGAACAAGGCCCUCUCGGUGUCGCACGUGAAGAGCACCUGGAGAUCCGUCCUGCGAGCCAUCGCCGGCAGCAUCGCGGCCAAAGUCGAAGCCCGCGAUCCCGAUCCCGUGAUCUCGCGCCUCGGCGGAGGAGCGGCGAGCAGGGGGGUUCACGUGAAGCGGUUCGAGAUAGUGUGCCGUGAAACAUCGGCGAGCGAGUGCAGCUGCUCCUGCUGCGUGUGCCUGUGCCGGUUCGAGGCAGAGGAGGAGGUGAGCGAGCUCAACUGCAAGCUUUUCUUCCACGGGGAGUGUUUGGAGAGGUGGCUCGAGAACGACCACAGGACUUGCCCUUUUUGUCGCUCCGUCCUAAAAGGUUCUGAAAGGUUCUUGAGAGAGAGAGAGAGAGAGAGAGAGAGAGAGAGAGAGAGAGAGAGAGAGAAGAUCUUACAUCCUUUCCUUUUCCCACGUAAGAGGAGAGCAGGGGAUGCAGUUUUGAUUCUCCGUUGGGUUCUGUUUGUGUUUUUCCUUCUUCAUUGUUUUUGGCCCUUCAUUCAUGUGGGUUUCUUUUUGUCUGUAGACUGUCUCGAGCAGAGACUACAACUUAACAAGAAGUUGAAGGAAUUAUGACUUUGAAGGCGA